UUCUUUUGGUUUUGGUUUUCGUCCGGCAUGGUCGAAAGCUUUGAGAGCUGUGUUUAGAAAGUCUCGACUCCUUUUGAUUUCCCCGUUGUUCAGUCGGGAAAGACUCGCUCGAAUUGCUCGUUAGCUUCGCCAACUCAUCCUCGACUAUUCGUCUGGUUGACGGACUCACAUGUUGCUCAAAGCUGGAUGGCGGCCAGGGAUUACGUAUUGGCUGUGAUGCUAACGAGAGCACUACUGAAAAUCCAAGUUCGUCUCGGGCAUGAUGCAGGGCAAAUGCAAUACCUUAAAUACAUUUCACGACCUGCGCCUCAACUGUCCGUCAACAAAGCAUUCGAGAAACUGCAUACCACCGCAUCCUUGGGCUUCGACCGGCAGCUGCCUACCUUUGGCCCCCCUGUUCAUGUUCAAGAGCUGUUCAAGAGCUGCUCAGGAGGUGCUGUUCAAGAGUACCCGUUCAAGAGUAUCUGUUCAGGAUUUGCUGUCCAGGAGCUUUUCAGCCCCCUCCCCUACAGCCGUGCCCAAAAAUGUGGCUGCAGGCGCCCAACAGACUGUCAGAUCCAGACCAGCCUCUCACCCAAUCUAGAAAGCCGCCCAUACUCAUGUCUCGAAGGAGGUGGUGAUGUGGCACCCAUGAUUCCAAAGGCCGUCUUGAUUGCCGGGGAUAGCCACUCUACAAUACGGCUACCCAGGCACUACUUGGCCAACGGCCGUUACAAGACAUACCUCAUGUUGCGUCUACGCUUUUCCUUCUCUUGCGAGUGCUUCCGGGAGUACGGGGAGCCGGGCUGGCCUCCGAAGUUGACCGUUCCGUGUCACCCCGAAGCCCGGCGUUUCGAGCACCUCCUUCUCUCCCCUCCGCCGCUGUUCAAUAUUCGUUUGCUAUCACUUGUGGCACAAGUCCCCCUUUGCUUUCUCUUUAGGACCUCUCAUCGACUUGCCAUGGAAACUGUUUGGGUUGCUUUAUGGAUACUUAGCUUCUGUACCACCAUUUCUCGUCUCAUGGUCAUUGGCCGGUUUCAAGGAGGAUGGUCGGAGAUGAGAAAGACCUGGGUUCGUACGCUGAUCAAGGAGAUAUGACAGUCCAACGCGUUAAAGGCCCUGUUGGUCUUAGCAUGUUCACUGUCCAUGGCACUGGGACUGUAAACUCGUACAAGGAAACGGAGAUCGGAGGGUGGACCAGGAUUUCCCGCCCGGGUCGGUAUAGAAGACGGGUGCCCGCUGCUUGGCGUUAUUGCUUAUUCCAAU